GCCCCCUGCUCUCCUUAACUUGCCUGGCCCGUGCAUACCUGACCCAAUAUUCCCAUUCAUUCCGUCACUGAAAGACUUGCCUGACUUUCCUUUCUCCCCGCUACCAACUUUCGCAUUUACAGUCACCAUCGCCAAAACUACGAAACCAAAACGACCCGACAAUAAUACUAAUAACUGACACAUCCACCGAUAUCUCCUCCUGCAGGCCUCAUAUACUUGACUUUGAUUACCGUCACCUAAACUUCCCUUCUCUGGUAUGUUUUAUCUCCCAUUUCCCCUCCAUUUAAUACCAUUUCAAUUCAAAUUUAUCUGCAAACUUGCCUGAACCACUCCAUCCAUUUCUCCCGCAUUCCAUACUGACCGCAAGUAUAAAUAGCCGUUUUCUCAACAGCAGAGAUCACCGUCGAGCAAGAAGCUCAACAACACUACAUCCCACACCUUCACAAUGGCGUUGAAGCGCAUCAACAAGGAACUCACAGACCUGGGCCGGGACCCUCCCUCGUCGUGCUCUGCUGGACCCGUUGGUGAAGAUCUGUUCCACUGGCAAGCGACGAUCAUGGGACCUGGUGACUCGCCGUAUUCUGGUGGUGUCUUCUUCCUCGCCAUCCACUUCCCAACAGACUACCCCUUCAAGCCCCCCAAGGUCAACUUCACGACUCGUAUCUACCACCCGAACAUCAACUCUAACGGAAGCAUCUGCCUGGACAUCUUGAGAGACCAAUGGAGCCCGGCAUUGACUAUUUCUAAGGUUCUUCUCUCUAUCUGCUCCAUGCUGACCGACCCUAACCCCGACGACCCUCUUGUUCCUGAGAUCGCGCACGUGUACAAGACCGACCGUGCGAGGUAUGAAGCUACGGCCCGGGAGUGGACUCGCAAAUACGCCAUCUAGGGCGAAUGGCAAGGAGGAGGAUUUGUCGGCGGAAUGUAGUGGUUGAUACGGCAGGGCAAUGAGCAUAGCACUUACAGGUAGUGAUGCCGGAAGGGACGUGGACCUUCCUUCCGACCCAGGCAAUACGAUCCGCAUUUGCCACCGUCUCUGUCCAUUCGUCGUUAUGGCUUAGUGUGCCUCUUAAAGAACCCUUGGGCACACAUGACUUUUCGGAACAGGCUUAGAAUGACUUGCUGAGGAAGAUGAGGUUUUACGAAAGAUAGGCAUGAAUUAAUGGAGUUGUCUGGAGGAACUGCGGCUUUGCAUUUCAAUCCUCUUUGACGUUCAUCCCAGAUCUGUUAUAAUUCACCAAUCCCUUCCCUUUUAUGUGACCGCAACCGGUCGCGAAAAUUGAUUUAGGUUUUAGGCCUG